AUGCGCUGCUCGCCGUGUACGGCGGUGCGGAUUGAACAGCGAAUUCCGAACAAGAAAGGUUUCGGGCGAGGUAUCGCCGAAAUGUCAAAAAUCUUCUUUCGCCGUUCGAGCGACGAUCGUCCGGUUUCAAAUGAACGAGCUGAGCGGCACAACGAAAGGAUGCGCCGAAGAAGCUGCAAUGUGUGUUUGUGUGUGAAAGAGUCGGACAUUCAGAAGCGAAACGGUUGCGAUGCUGGGACGAGGGAUUGA